UAAAAACACAUUUAUAUAUAUAAACUCAAUGAAGACAUAAUGUUGACUAGUUAUGCAAUUGCUUUCGCUGCCAUGCUGGGCACGGUUUUGUGUUAUCCCGAGGGUCGUGUCGUCAAUGGAACAGCGACUGCAAUACGAAAAUAUCCAUUUAUGGUUUCGCUGCGCACAGCAAGUGGCGCGCACUCGUGUGGCGCAAGUAUCAUUGCGCCUCGUUGGAUACUCACCGCCGCUCACUGCGUCAACGGGCGCACACCGAGCCAAGUCAGCAUACAAUUCGCAGCGUCAAUUAUUGACCGACGUGGUGCACACUUAGCGCAAGUGAAACGAUUUGUUAUACAUGAGAACUACAAGCCUAGCGGCGCGUAUAUCAACGACAUUGCAUUGGUGGAAUUACAAAACGCGUUGGUAUAUGAUUAUAUACGCAUUGCACCGGUGGCAUUGCCAGAUGCAAAUUUUGAAGUGCCGCAAACGGAGCUUGGUGCCGUGGGUGUGCUGCUCGGUUGGGGUUUAAAUGCGACUGGUGGGGUCUAUAUGGCAACGCUGCAAGAGGUCACCUUGAAAAUAUUCUCCGAUAGCGAGUGUAGUACACGUCAUGAUGGCGAUACGAAUGCCAAUCACUUGUGCGCCGGCGUCGAUGAGGGUGGCAAGGGGCAGUGCACCGGUGAUUCUGGUGGUCCACUGCUCUACAAGGGUUCCAUACAAUUGGGCAUCGUGUCGUGGAGUAUUAAGCCCUGCGGCAUAAAGUAUUAUCCAGGUGUUUUCACUAAAGUUUCGCAUUUUGUUGGCUGGAUACGGCAGCAUGUUGAUGCAGUUGUUUAAAGUUAUUUGAAAAA